UUGUCCAAAAGCAGACAAGAGGAUCGCCCCGCGCUGAGCCGGCUGGUGGGCAGCAGGAGGCGCCUGAUCGCCGCCGGGGCGCUGGGGGUGGUGAUGGUGCUGCUGCUGGUCAUCCUCAUCCCGGUGCUGGUGAGCUCGGCCGGCACGUCGGCGCACUACGAGAUGCUGGGCACCUGCCGCAUGGUCUGCGACCCCUACGGGGGCACCAAGGCGCCCAGCACGGCCGCCACGCCGGACCGCGGCCUCAUGCAGUCCCUGCCCACCUUCAUCCAGGGCCCCAAAGGCGAGGCCGGCAGGCCCGGGAAGGCGGGCCCGCGUGGGCCUCCCGGUGAGCCCGGGCCGCCGGGCCCCGUGGGCCCCCCGGGCGAGAAGGGUGAGCCCGGCCGCCAAGGCCUGCCGGGCCCGCCCGGGGCGCCCGGCCUGAACGCGGCUGGGGCCAUCAGCGCCGCCACCUACAGCACGGUGCCCAAGAUCGCCUUCUACGCCGGCCUCAAGCGGCAGCACGAAGGCUAUGAGGUGCUCAAGUUCGACGACGUGGUCACCAACCUCGGUAACCACUACGAUCCCACCACGGGCAAGUUCACCUGCUCCAUCCCGGGCAUCUACUUCUUCACCUACCACGUCCUGAUGCGUGGAGGGGACGGCACCAGCAUGUGGGCUGAUCUCUGCAAAAACAACCAGGUGCGUGCUAGUGCGAUUGCCCAAGACGCUGAUCAGAAUUACGACUACGCCAGUAACAGUGUGGUUCUUCAUUUGGAGCCAGGAGACGAAGUCUACAUCAAAUUAGAUGGCGGGAAAGCCCACGGAGGAAACAACAAUAAAUACAGCACAUUUUCUGGAUUUAUUAUUUAUGCUGACUGAUAACGCAGAAACUAAGCUUAUUAGUCUGAGUUUGGACACUGGAUUCGUACGGCUAACGUCAAUGAAUCAAGGAUCCCAGGGGAUGCCAGUUGCGGGGCCCCUCAGUUGUGUAUAUGUGGGGAAUUCAAAUGCUACCUGACUCACAUCUGUAUACUCAGAAACAUGAUGUAAAAAAAUAUUAAAGGCAAGAUAAGCAGAUGUGUGAUUCUCUACCGCCAAAGCAAAUACUCCUUAUCGUUAGUGUCCAUGUGAAUGAAGUCCUAUAUAGAUCACAAAUUUUUAUAGAAAAAUCUAAGACACUGAAUUAUUUCUUCAAUAUAUAUGAUCCUUUGGUGUACUGUGAUCUUGCUGCUUUUAUCCAUUUGUCAGCUUUGGUUCUCGUGAGUUUCCUUGCUUAUUAUGACACCUGGAGUCCAUUCAUAGUGUGGGGAAGAAUGAUUUUACCCUGCAGGAGAAGGUCGAAUUGAAACAAUGCUGCUUGUGUCCAAAGAAAUCGUUUGCCUUGUACUCUUGUUAACUUUAGAGCUAGACCUGGGAAUGAUUCAACUUCAAGCCUUAACCUGGAAUUUUCUGGAUUUGAGGGAAUUCCCAAGCGUAUGAUCAUUUUCACAUUUUCUUUUUCUUACGAAUUUUCUUUUCUCUCUUCUCUGGUGAUAGUCUUUAAAAAUAGAGAUGGAAAUUGUAUCAUAGGAUUACCCUCCCAGUGUGAAAAUGUGUAAUUAUGUAUGGUAUUUAGAAAUCCCCUGUGUGUCCAUUUUGUCAGUGGAAUGCGUUUAGAUUUACUUGGAAAAUUGGAGAUAUUUAUUCUUUGGUGUUAAAUCAGACUGAGGCUUUUGCCUUCUUUGGAACAAAAGAGUAUUCUUAAUCCAAUGCACAGAGGUUUAAUUUGAGCUAAUGCAUGCGUCACCAAGGGGACACUAAGUAAGGCCUUCAAGUAGUUACUACAAAUCGUGGCCUGAGGUUAUUUCAAGAUGAACAAUUUCACAUAUAACCGAUAUGACGACAAAGUGUAUAUAUUUUAUACAAAUACCUGCUACAUAUAUAUGUGUAUAUAUAUAUAUGUUCGAUGAAAUAUAAUAUAUAUAUGGCUUCAGACCAUAGGCACAGUGGCUGUAUAGCCUCAAAAAUUUAAUUUAAAAAAAUGUGUCUACACACACACAAACACACAUAAAUUAUUUGACUUAUUUUGGAUUGAAGUAUAUUUUGGAUGACAAAAAUAUAUGGAGUAGCAAAAUAAUUUAAAUGACUUAUCUUUUAAGAGUUACCCAGAAAAUUAAAUUUUAUUAGGUUACAAUGCCCUAUACAUCACAUGUCUGUAAAUUAAGCCUGUGGCUUCUUCAUUACCAUAUGCCAAUCAAUACUUUCACUGCAUUCUGUGGCAGACUGUUAAUAUGAGGACUAGAGAAACAAAGUGGUUCUUCUUUGCCACGUUUAUGAAUUAUAUGCAUUUGAAUUAUCAGUUUUUUUCUUUUUUCUCAGGUGGAUUGAAGCUCACAGUAAAGUAGACUUUGAGAAUAGUGCAAAUCCUUUCUCUCUGGUUAAAAUACACUGCCAAAAGCCAUCUCUUUAAUCUAAGAAAAAGAUUAAAAAUGCAUGUUGAUAUAUCCUAACUAUUAGACAACUUCGACUAUUACAGUGAAAAAUCUGUUCCCCUCUCAGUUGUCUGUGAAGACUCUUUGACAAGUAAAUUUCAAAAACAGAGCUUUAAAAAUCUAUUUUUUUUUUUUUUACUGGUGAAGGACAUUUGCAUUUUUUCAUUUAAAGGAAUUAGUUUGUUCUCCUGGCUCAUUCCUCUUGGGUACUUUCUGUUCUAAUACACAGAAAGCUUGAUCAUCUUUGAUCCACAGAAAUAUCUUUUAUUUAGCAAACCUCAACUUUCCAAAAGAGUUAUGCAUGGCGUUCCCAUCUGAAGGUGCUGUUUGCUUGGUUUAAAUGCCUUGGUCUGAGUAACUGUCAUGAUUUAUAUGAUUAAAAGCAGCCCAUUCAUCAAGAAUAAUGACUAAUUCUAUUUGGCCUUUCUAAUAUGUAAGAUAACUCAUAAAGGAGUUGCAAUGGAUUUUAUUUCAUU